AAUGCUCGCGUGGGGAGAGUUAAACCUUGACAUGUCUGAGGUGCCAGGGCCAACGGGCUAGUCCGUUGGUUCAGAUAGAGAGAGAUAGCCCGUUGGUUCACAGAGAGAGAGAGAGAGAGAGAGAGAGAGUAAUAAAUCACCCCUCUCUCUGCUCAAUAGAUUUUCGUUGGAGACCUUCGCGAUCAAGUUCACAAGUUAUUUCAGAAAUUUAGUGGACUUUUGAAGGAAAUGGGAAGUAAAGGCAGUGAUGAAGUUAUUAUUUCUGGGAGUGAAGAAGCUAAUUGUUCUGAAGCCACCGUUGAGAUAAAGAUAAAGACAUUGGAUUCUCAGACAUAUACUUUGCGAGUGGAUAAAUGUGUGCCUGUACCUGCUCUUAAGGAACAGAUUGCUACUGUUACUGGUGUAUUGUCUGAACAACAGCGGCUGAUAUGCCGUGGAAAAGUUUUGAAGGAUGAUCAGCUUCUAUCAGCUUACCAUGUGGAAGACGGUCACACUUUGCACCUGGUUGUGAGACAACCAAUACCAUCAUUAUUGGAGAGCUCUUUUGAUCCAGCAACUGAUCCCGCAUCAGGCACUAACCGUCAAGGCACUCAAGCAGGGCCCAGCGUGGUAGUUGGAACCUUCAAUAUAUCUGAACAAGGUGAUGGAGUUCUUCCAGAUUUCAGUCGGAUUGUCUCAGCCGUUCUCAGUUCUUUUGGAAUCACCAAUGCUGGAAGUGGCAAUGAAGGGGCUGAUCUCAGGGAAGCUGCUCCAGAGAGGCUUUUAAGAACACUUGGUGUUAGUGGCCUAAGAAACUCUAGUGGACAGCAAACCGACCAAAAUGCCUCAGUGGGUCAAUCUAAUCCCCACAAUGGUGGUUUCCAAUUUUCAACAUCUGUUCCCUUGGAACCUCUGCAUCCACCUGUGAUUCCUGAUUCUUUGACAACGCUGUCGCAGUAUUUGACUCGUUUGAGGCAUGAAUUUAUUGCAAAUGUUCGAGACCAUAGCAAUACUUCUCAAGCUGCUAGCACUCAUGGGAGCGACAGACAACAAUCUGAUGCUGCUGCACAUUCAGCUGGUGGACGGGCAGGGCUCCCCACACCAGCCUCCUUGGCAGAAGUGAUGCUGUCUACUAGACAAAUACUCACUGAACAAGUGGCAGAUUGCCUAGCUCAACUUGCAAGACAACUAGAGGAUCAGGCAACUGUGAAUGACCCUUUGACAAGGAUGAGCAUUCAAUCCAACACUUUAAGAUCUGCAGGUCUUUUUCGAGAUUUAGGUGCUUUGAUGCUUGAGCUUGGCCGCACAACCAUGACACUGCGAAUGGGUCAGGCACCGGCUGAUGCUGUUGUUAAUGCUGGUCCUGCUGUGUAUAUAUCCACAUCUGGUCCCAAUCCUAUUAUGGUUCAGUCAAGGUGCUUCGGCCAAGGCCAGGUUAUGUGA